AUCCAACGAGAGCGAGGUAAGGAUAAUAUGCCUCUCUUGUCGCAUAGCAGCCGUGUCGUCCUCAACAUGGCGAGCAUCACUGGGCUUGACUCCGAAAGAGUUCUUUCUUACAUUAUGAACGGAAUUGCGGUCGGAAAUUCAUCUGCAGCUCCUGUUGCAUACUCUCAUAGUUGUAGUACAACUACAACAUAUAAGACAGCUGGUUUUUUACUUUUUAGUUCUAGAAGGUGAUCCUGAUCUUGAUGAUGAUACGAAGCUAGAGUACUAAAACCACGAAUGAGCAGAUUACAUUUGUUCCUAGACCACCUAGAAGUGCAAGUGGCAUACAUUGUAAAUGAAAGUUAUAAAUAUAAUAUACGGCUCGUCUAAUCUUGUCGGGAAGAGAAACGCGACGUUGCUGGACCCAGCUCAGCGAGUCACGAUCAAAGCCGUUCGCGAGGUGCGGUACCGUUGCCACAUCUGUCAGGCUCGAAUCGAGAAGGACAUGACGCGUACGAAAUCGGCACAAGAGGGCUCACAACUCGUGAUCUCACACGAGGGGAUGGCUGACCGCAACGGUGAGCUGCAAACGAGCGAUAAUAGCGGUAGCAACGUCGUAAAAAU